AUGAACUCUUUGAAUGGUUUAAAUUCAGUCGAACUUUUCGACGAUAUUGAUCAUCUUCUUUUUUUGUGUGAUCGUCUUAGUAAUCGUUUACUUCAAGUUAAUUCCUAUGUUGAUGAAGUUAAACAAACAUGGGUAAAUAAACGACGUUCAAUAGAAUUAGAAUCUAAUAUAUCACCACUUGUUGCUCAAAAAGUAUCAAAAUGUAAUCAAGUUUUAUUAAAUGUUGCUGAAAAACUUGCAAUUGUUGAACUUCAAACAGAAUCAUUACAUAAUCUUCAGUCAUCUAUUACGAAUAUACUUCCAACUACUACUGAAAAACAUGAAGUAUGUUCUUCGAUGUCAUCUAUUAAUCAAGUAUCAGUACGUGUUCCUCCAUCUUUUGUACAAAUGACUAAUCCUAAAACUGAAACUGUUAAUACUGGAUUUCUUUCACAAAGAAACAUUCCUUCUAGUGGAGGACGUUCAUUAAAUGAUCAACAAAUUGGUUUUAAUUUUCAAAGUCCAUUACAUGUUGCUACAAAUCCACCAAUGAAUUUAUUUACACCAAGAAAUACAGCAACAUUAUUUCUAGAAAAAUUUCCAGUAAAACAACAAUCAUUAGAACAACAACAAUCUGCUUUUCAUCGACCAUUAUCUGGUCAAAAAGAUAUUGGUUUUAAUCAAACGAAAAAUUCAUCACAAAAUUUGCUUAUUUCGCAAACAUCUGAUUUUCCGACACUACAAAAACCAAUGCCAAAUGGAUCAAUAAAUGGUUAUCAACAACAAUCAUCGAAUGUUAUUAUAUCUCGUCAAUCAGCUGUGUCAGAUUCUUAUUCAUCUCGAACCUUGAAUGAACCCAAUAAUGUAACUAAUGGUAAAGUUCGUGUUAAAAUGCAAGUUAUUAAAGCUAAUACUAUUUGGCAUAAUGCUGAUAUACCAAUUAUUGAUCAUCCAUCAGCAUUUUUUGUUUGUAAUCAAGAUCCACGUGUGGCUGAACAAUUUAGUAUAACGUCAAUUGAAAUGAACAAUUAUUACAAUAAACCAGCUAAUACAGCUAUACCUUUACAAAAUCCAUCUAUUGGUGAUUUUUGUGUAGCUCGUUUUAGUGAAGAUCAUCUUUGGUAUCGAGCUCGAGUUGUUCUUAUACAAGAUGAAUCUAUACUUAUUGUAUUUAUUGACUAUGGUAAUUCUGAAACAAAACCAGCCAAUGAAAUUUAUCCAAUACAAGAAUCAUUAGCUCGUUUACCUGCUAUGACUGUUGCUUGUACAUUAGCUGAAUCGUUUCCACGUAACGAAAAUUUUUGGACUCCAGAAGCAACUCAAGUAUUCAGUGCACUCGUAAAAAAUCGUAUUGUUGAAGUUCAGUUUCAACAAGGCAUCGGUCAACAAUGGCCGCUUCAUUUUGUUAAGGUUAUUCUCGAUGGACAGUCGAUUGCUCAACAUCCGAAACUGACACCAUAUAUAACGCCAGCUCAAAAUGAAGAAAUUGCAAUGCAUUUUAAUGACAAACUCACAUCAAUGGAAUAUAUCUUGUACAAUGUAGCAGUUAGUGAAUCAGAUAUUUAUAGUGAUAUUCUUCCAUAA